AAACAAAAAUAAAAACUACUCACAAACGACUACCAGACGGCAACAGCAGCGUAGUGCGUACGGGGAGCGAUAAUUAUAAAUACUCAGCAUUUACGGUUGGUUGGAAAUUUUCAUCCCAUAUCCGAAACCGAUGUAGAAUAAUAUCACAGAAGGGGGGAUACUGUGUGAGGCACGUUGCAUUGACGAAUGCAACCACCGUUCACCGCCGGCUAGAAACGGGUUCGGCUCAAAUUUCACCGUCUUCGUCGUCGUCGUCAAUUCUCUGGCUGAGCUUGGUUUCAUCUGCUCUACGUCUAGAGCGGAAAUGGCGGCUCUGCCACCGCGUAAAAAUCCUACGCCGACGAAAAUCUCCAAGCAACAUCUGACUCCGCUGCAGAUUCUGCUCCAGAUGGGCUUCCCGAAGCAUAGGGCGGAGAAGGCUCUGGCAGCGACCGGGAAUCGUGGCGUGCAGCUGGCUUCGGAUUGGUUGUUGGCCCACGUCAACGAUCCAUCGCUAGAUGAGUGUUCGCCACGGGAGUACAUUCUGUACGCCUGUCCGACGGGACCAUUCCUGCAGCAGUUGGAGAGCUUUUGGACGCAAUCACGAGAGUUGUGCGGCUGGAAUGGCGCGCACAACUUCACGCCCCACAUUACGCUGGUUUCGUUCUUCAAAGCACCGGACGAAUGCGCUCCGCAGCUGUCGAAGGCCUUGAAGGAGCUGAUGACACUGCCGGGGGCGCUUAUCGAUCGACCAAUCAGCCUGGAGCUGUACACCAGCCCGAACUUUAUGGGCUUCUUCGUCGUGGAAGAUGAUGCAAACUAUUUGAAGCGCUUGGCGCUGCAAUACGUCAAGGAAGUAUCCCAUUCGAUAAUCAGCGACACCUACGAACAGCUAGACGCGCUAGUAACCUGUUUCCCAUGGUGCGGGGGAGUAACAUCAGCCCGUUGUAUUCCGCGUAGCAGCCGAUCGAUCUCGUUGGAACCACACGUGAAGUCAUUGCAUCUAACGCUGGCAUAUCAGUUUCCGACGAAUCAGUUCAAUGCCUUGAAGCAGCUGGUGGAAAAUUUGGACAGCUCCAGCACCGGAGCGAACUGGGAACUGCGAUUGUAUUCACGGGAUUCACGACUAGCGACCAAGCAGGUUCACAAAGUCCUCUACCCCCACACCCCUCGCGAACCGGACGAACUGGAGCUUCGGAUCGGUGACUAUAUCUACCUUAGCUCGGAAGCCAUCCAAAACUCGUCCGACGGAUGGGUCGAAGGCAUUUCCUGGUUGACCGGAACCACCGGCUAUCUACCGGAAAACUACACCGAACGCACAGCCGAAUCCGACGCGUGGACCAUGCACCGCACCGUCCAGCUGUGCGAUCCAAUAACUCCGGAACUGGAUGAGCAACCAUCGGAUAUGGUAGAUGGAGUAGCCGGUUUCAACCGGUCUGCCGUACAGGAAAACCACGACAUUGAGUCACUGGAGACGGUAUCAGUAGGUCACGGUGAAGUGCAGACGCAACCAAAUUCAGUCGAGAUGCCACAGGUGGACGUUAAAUCGAAGGAAGAUGCCGUGUCGGCGGAGAAGUUGUACGAUUUGAUGAAGAGGCGCACCGCACAGUCGGUAAUCGGUGGAAACGCUGGCGAUGAACCGAAGGACAAUUCGAUUGCGAAAGAUGCCGCCGCUGGACGACGGAUCUACGUGCUGCGGCACGGCGAACGGAUCGACUUCACCUUCGGAACGUGGGUUCCGUACUGUUUCGAUCAGACCGGGAACUACAUCAGGAAGGAUCUAAACAUGCCAAAGUCUUUACCUCAGAGAAUAAGUGCCCAAUGGAAGCGAGAUUCGCCGUUGACCAACAUGGGUCUGUAUCAGGCUCGGCUGACGGGGGAAGGGAUGAAGGACGCAGGUGUCCGGAUUGAUCACGUGUACAGUUCACCGUCGUUCCGUUGCAUCCAGACGACUACGUCUAUACUGGAAGGUCUCGGCCUGAAGGACAGUCAUCCAAUUCACGUGGAACCGGGAUUGUUCGAGUGGCUGGCUUGGUACCAGGAAGGGCUACCGGACUGGCUGUCGAAGGAAGAACUCGUUGCGGCCGAGUACAACAUUGUUUUGGAUUAUGAACCUCUGACCAAGGAGGACGAUCUUAAGGCAAGAUUACAGGAAGGCUUGGAAGAGUUCUACCACCGAAACUCGUCCGUCACCGAGCAUUUAAUCAAUAAUACAAGCGGAAAUAUUCUAAUCGUGGGUCACGCAACGACCCUGGACACCUGCACCCGUCACAUCGUGGGCGAGAAGCUGCGCUCGACGAACGACAUGAGCCGGAUUAUGCAAAAAGUUCCUUACUGCAGUAUGGCUGUGAUCGAGUCGGAGGACGGUCUCGGCGACUGGAAACUGGUGGAGCCACCGUGCGAUCCCGUCACCCACACCAACAACAACCGGUUCGAUUGGAAGAUUCUAGCUUAGGGAUUGGCGGAGCAGGGUGAUGCUUUUCACGGCACCCUUUUUACACCUGGAGCUCUACGUGCAGAGCAGUUGUAGAGCUAGCCAGUUUUCCAGAAAUUGGUGGACACGCUCGUGUUCGUACGGUGUAGUGACGUGAACUAGAAGCAGAGCGCGCUUUAAGACUUUGAUAAUAUUUCACUUAUUUCUCUCGUCGAAUAGAUUGUAGCGGUGUGCAAUGUGCGUGAUUAAAUUCGUUAAUUUAUAGCAAAAAAUUCGUUUGCCUUUGUUAUAUUCGUUCUAAUUGUGUGUCCAAUAGCAUUUGUCAUUGAAAAAAAAACAGCCGAUAACGAAAAUAAGAAUCUUUUUAAACAGGCAAAAUAUAAAAAUGGUAAGAAAAAAGGUUGUAAAAAAUGAAAGUCUAAAAAAAGAGGAAAUAUUCGCGUCAUGAAAAAAAGUCCUUGGAGGAUUUCAGAGGUCCAAAAAAAUAGGUUAAAAAAUCUCCAGAAAUUAUCUCUAGAUUUCGUUAGGCAUUUGACAUAGUUCCUGCAUAAUGUAAGACAGACAGUUCCAGAUUUUUGAACAAUAUUUUAAAAUAAGUGUAUAGUGGAGCUCUGACGGAAUUGUGAGCACAAUUUUUACAGAAUCUUGCACUUGAUUAUCGCAAAACUCUGGACAGGAUGAUCAAACAUGAUUAUGACAGAACCUUACGAAAAUUU